AUGCAACAGCCAGGGCCAAGGAGUCCUGAGACAAGGCUACAAGGACCACCAGGGCUACCGGGCAAGAUGGGCGACCAGGGCCAAAAGGAUCAUUGGGACUACCAAGACCACGAAGGCCGGCAGAGCGACCAGGACCAGAAGGGCCACCAGGGGAACGAGGGGUCGGGUGUUUGGGUGCUGAACGAUGGAGCUGGCUGGGAACAACUGGAACAUUCCAAAAAGAGAACAGCUUUACAGAAACCCCAUAUUAUGAAGUUUGUUUGUAUUGUCGGUUGUUUAGAUGGUGGACUUCGUGCUGGAAGACAUCCAGAACAAUUCUAG